UCUGAUAUUCAUGUGUAAAAAAAAUUUUUUGGUAAGAAGAAAGGAUGGAGACAGAAAAAUGUAUUUGAAAGACUCUCUUAACAGAUUUAUUAUCUAGACUUAAAUUAGAGAAUGAUUUUAUAACUUUAAAGGCCGUAAUUGUAAUCAAUUUUCAUGGAUAGGGGGUUUCAAACCAAGCAUAGGCGUUGAGCAGUAAAUUUUUUUGAGGUGCUAUAUAUUAUCUAUUCUGUUGACAAUCAUUGGUAAGUUAUCAAUAAUCAUUAUCAUGAUAAAUAAACUUGUUAUCUUAUCAUGAUCACUAAUAUUUAAAGAAAACUAAAUAUUUGAGUCUUUUAUUUCAAAAUUAAUAACUUAUAAUUAGGUUUAUUGUAAUCGAUGCAUGUUCUUUUAUUUUUUUUUUUAUAAAUGUUGUCAGUCAAAAUUAUUAAUAUACCUAAAUUGUGUAGAAACUUAAUUUUUUAAUGGUUUAAGUUUUUUUAUACAAUGCCAAGUAGCGUUCAUUCAUACCGUUCUACUUCAUCUUUGUCCUAUUUACCAACUCCAGUAACUCAAAAAACAUGUAUGACUGCAGCUGUAAAACGAUACCGUUAUUUAAGGAAAUUGUUAAAUUUUGAACAAAUGGAUUUUGAAUUUGCUCUUUGGCAAAUGACUUUUCUAUUUAUCAACCCUCAAAAAGUAUAUCGAAAUUUUCAACACAGAAAAGAAACAAAAUCACAGUUUGCACGUGAUGAUCCUGCAUUUCUAGUACUUUUGAGUGGAUUACUUUGUAUUUCUUCAAUAGCAUUUACAUUUGUACUGAAACUUGGAAUUGCUGCAUUUUUUAAAUUCUUUUUAUACAUUGUUGUUGUUGAUUGUAUGUUAUCUGGUGUUUGUAUCAGUACAUUAUUAUGGUUCAUAACUAACAAAUAUUUAAUAAAAUCUAAUUACAAAGGACAAGAUGUUGAGUGGGCUUAUGCAUUUGAUGUACACUUAAAUGCAUUUGUACCAAUGUUGGUUGUCUCUCAUAUCUUCCAGUUAUUUUUUUAUCAUAUAUUUUUGAGACAUGAUUGGUUUUUACCAAUUUUUAUUGGUAAUUCACUAUGGGUUAUAGCUAUUGGCUAUUAUUUAUAUAUUUCAUUUUUGGGAUACAGUUGUUUGCCAAUUAUUAAAGGAACUCAAAUUCUGCUUAUACCAUUUAUACUAUUGUUUAUUGUGUAUAUUGUAUCAUUGGCUGCAAAUUUUAAUAUGUGUCAAAUGGUCAUGGAUUUUUAUCAUUAUAGGGUUCUAUGAGUAGAAAAAUAAUAAUAAUUAUACUUAUGAAUGUAUCAAUUUUUAAUUUGUAUAUAAUAUGUCAAAUUAUUACAUUUAUGUAUAGAAAAAGAACCUGAAACUAUUUAUACCUUAAAUUAUAAAUGUACAAUGUACCCCUUAAUAAAGGGUUAAUUUACAAAUAUUACUUAUUUCUAGUUGUUUUUAUUUGAUUUUUUGAACUCUUAAUUGCUUUUGAUUUUUCUUUUUGUUUAUCAUUAGUUGUUGGCGGAUUUCCAGUAAAAAAAGUUGUGAUCAUUUCAGACAUUUCUGGCAUUUCAUGUUUUAAAUUAGUUAAUUGCUCCAUCUCCUGUGAAAAAAUGAAUAAAUAAAUUUUAAAUAAAUUAAAAUUAAAUGGAAAGAACCAAUUCAUACUUUUUUUGUUUCUGGAUCAUUCAUUAAUUUGGGCAAAACCAAAAUAGCAAGAAGAGGUAAUACCAUGGUUAAAACCUAUGCAAUAAAUGAUAAUAUUUAAACUGUGAAAACUUCUUGAAUAAAAAGUUACAAAGUAUAAGUAAAUAAUAUACAUACCAUAGAAUUAAAGAGAAAAUCAGUAAUUUUCCAUUGCUCUCUAGUGUAAAAAUAUUUUGCAGGCAUGUAGUUAAUAAAUUCUAAUGGAUACGACACUUGAUGGACAUGUGAAGACUGAAUAUAAUUAACUUUGCGUGCUCGGUAUUUACCUUUAGAAUUAAUUUCAACUCUUAUUGGUUCAUAUAUGUAGUUAGGAUUUAUAACUUCGACAAUAUAUGAUCCCGAUGGAACUUUAGAUAUCACAAAUGAUC